AUGGAAGAAAUUGAUUUAUUGGAAGAAUUGGGAAAAGGAAAUUAUGGUACGGUUCAAAAAGUGUUUCAUAAACCUACUAAAGUGAUUAUGGCAAUGAAAGAAAUUAGAUUAGAAUUAGAUCAUUCUAAAUUAAAAGCGAUUUUAACUGAAUUAGAUAUUUUACAUAGAGCCACAUCAGACACGAUAGUAGAAUUUUAUGGUGCAUUCUUUAUUGAAUCAUGUGUUUAUUAUUGUAUGGAGUAUAUGGAUGGUGGUAGUUUAGAUAAAUUAGCAGGUGCUGAUGUACCUGAAGAAGUUUUAGCUGUCGUUACUGGUCAAGUGGUUGAAGGACUUCGGUUUUUAAAAGAUGAAUUACAAACGAUGCAUCGAGAUGUGAAACCUACGAAUGUAUUGAUUAAUAGAAGAGGUCAAACUAAAUUAUGUGAUUUUGGUGUAUCUGGACAACUAGAAAGAUCAUUGGCCAAAACGAAUAUAGGAUGUCAAUCAUACAUGGCACCCGAAAGGAUUCAAGGAGAACAAGCUGGAUCAGUUUCAGCAUAUACAGUAGCAUCAGAUGUUUGGUCAUUAGGAUUAUCUAUCAUUGAAUUCGCUAUUGGUCAUUAUCCAUAUCCACCUGAAACGUAUUCGAAUAUCUUUGCACAAUUAAAUGCCAUCGUACAUGGUGACCCACCUUCACUUCCAGAUCGAUAUUCGAAACAAGCCAAAGAGUUUGUUAAAGAUUGUUUAGAGAAGAAUCCAGAUGAUCGACCGACUUAUAAAGAUUUAUUGAAUCAUCAAUUCUUGGUACAAAAUUCGGAAAAUCAAGUAGAUAUGAUUGCUUGGGUUGAAAAAGCUUUGGAAGAAGUUAAAGUUAAGAAUUCGAAUAAAGUCCUGAAUGGUUAA